GUGAAUGGCAACGAGGCAGAUUCGACGACGAUCAAGGAUUCUUGUCUGAUUGAUGCGAAGUUUUGCGAUGUGUACAAGGGGUUACGAGUGGUGAGCCAACGAAGGCGCUGAGUGGACCGGAUGGAAAGACCUGUGCUACAAGUGGGAUUAAGACGAGUGAUUGUUAGGUGUGCGUGCUGAUGGGUGAAAGGUAUUGUUGUGAGAGCGCAGCUGAAGGGCAGAGGUGCUGCAGCACUGAGACUGCACUGUUCACUCUACGAGCUGCCAGGCUAGGCCUAAGUUCUAUGGAGGCAUCGUCUACGAUCAACCAUGCGACGACGGGCACACCAGGGUAGACUUUGGUAGUACAGCGCAGGAGAGUGAUAAUAGCGUGACAAAGAUCGGUACGGGUGUGGACGGUGGUUUGGAUGGGCUUUUGUUGAUUGCGGCCAGGGUUAACUUUGUCUUGUGGUAGCUGAGGUUGGUCAAGGAAGUCGCCAGUGUUCCAGAUGUGGGAUCUGUCGAGAAGUACAGGCACACUGACCUCGUCGAAGUUGACAAUGCGCAGCGCCAGGAGCUGGCCACUGGAGGACGUGAAGGGUAAGGGACAAGAGACGGUUGCUGAAUUGCCAGGGAAUUAGGAGCUCAGGGCUGCUUGAACGAGAGCUUCUAUUUCUGAUAUGAAGCUCUCCAUUACAUCUCUAAAGUUGAUCAUGUUCGUCGUGUCGAAGUUUGUCAAUGGGGACAGUUG